AACUUGUAACAACUUACUUUAAAGAAAAUUCUUUACGAAAAACUGCUAAUAUUUUUCACAUGAAAUAUCCUAAUAAAUCUAAACCCAAUCCAUCUACUAUUUAUAAUCUUGUAAAUAAAUUUAUCAAAACGGAUAGUGUUGCAGAUUAUUAUCAUUCUAGUCAUCCAAUAAAGCUUAAUAACAUUGAUCCUAAUUCACGACUUGAAUUUUGUAACAUAUUAAUACUACUUAUUACAAAUAAUGAAACUUUUAUUUCCCGUAUUUGUUUUACUGAUGAAGCAGUUUUUUAUUUAAACAUAAAAAUUAAUGUUUGGGCAGGAAUAGUAGAUAAUUUUAUUAUUAGACUAUUUUUUUUUGAAGAAAAUUUAAAUAGUUCGAAAUAUUUAGAAUUACUACAAAAUAAUAUUAUCCCAGAAUUAGAUAAUUUGUUUUCUGAAGGACAUCGUAAAACUGAAGUUUUUAAAAUGUCUCCUAAUAAUAUUGAAGAUCUAAAACAACGAAUAGUUAAUGAAUAUGAAAAUAUUACAUUUAAACAAUUAUCAAAUGUUAGGCAUAUGUUUAUUAUUCGUCUUAAGUAUUGUGCUGAGGUUAAUG